GAUCAGCUGUGGCUCAUGCGCGGACAGGCAACAAGUGGAUUUCGGGAUUGCGAGCACAUUUUUAAUACUUUAAAGUUCGCAUUUUGCUUGCAAAAUGGCGUAUUUACACUCCUAUAUAGCUAAAGAUAACCGUUGAGCGCUUUAAACAAGAAUAAACAAACCGUUAAAGUGGCGUUCGUGUUCUGGUAGCAUCGUUAACGGAUUUACCGUUAAGUUUACGCAGUUUCUUACAGGUGUAUACAGCAUUAUUACAGGUGGACUCAUCAUGUCCGAUUCUGGUUCAGAUGAGGAUUUAACGCCGGAGGACAGAGGCUCCACAGAGUCCGUCCGAAAGGGAUGUGAUCCUCUGGUGUCGACCCAGCGCAGUAAGCUGCAGCAGCGCAGAGCCAAACUCAACCAGCAGAUCAACCGAGAGCUGCUUCUGCGCAGCGGAGCUGAAAAUCUCUACAGGGCCAGCACUAAUCAGAAGGUGAAGGAGACCGUUGCAUUGGAGCUGAGUUUUGUCAACUCCAACCUUCAGCUUCUCAAAGAAGAACUGGAGGAAUUGAACAGCAGUAUGAACAUCUACCAGACUGAGAGUGAGACUCUCAAUGUUCCCAUGAUUCCCCUGGGCUUGAAAGAGACAAAAGAGAUUGACAUGACCGUUCCUCUUCAGGAUUUUAUUGCUGAACAUUACGGCGAGGACGCAUCUCUGUACCUGAACGAGAUCCAGGAUUUCAUGGAGCUUAGACAGGCCAUGCGGACUCCCAGCAGGAAUGAAGCAGGACAGGAGCUGCUGAUGGAAUAUUUCAACCAGCUGUAUUUCCUGGACCAGCGCUUCUUCUCUCCACACAGAAGUCUGGGCGUUCAUUUCCACUGGUAUGAUUCUCUAACCGGUGUGCCUUCAGUGCAGAGAGCGCUGGCCUUCGAGAAAGGAAGCGUUUUGUUCAACAUCGGAGCUCUUUAUACUCAGAUCGGAGCCAGGCAGGAUCGCUCCACACUGAGUGGCAUUGAGGAUGCCAUCGAUGCUUUCCAGAGAGCAGCCGGUGCAUUUCUCUACCUGCAGGAGAAUUUCUCUCAUGCGCCCAGUCUGGAUAUGAGCGGCUCUGCGCUGAGCAUGUUGGUCCGGCUCAUGGUAGCUCAGGUUCAGGAGUGUGUGUGUGAGAAGGUCCUACUUAACAUACAGGACAUCCACCUGAAUGUGCUUCUGCAAGCUGCCCAGGAGGCUGCUAGGGUAUCAGACGUGUAUUCUCUAGUUCUUCAGGCGAUGUCUGUGCCGCUACUGAAGGAUUACGUUCCCUUCUCCUGGAUCUCUAUGGUUCAGGUCAAAACUCAUCAUUUCAGAGCGCUGGCGCAUUAUUACACUGCUGUGGCUCUGUGUGACUGCUCAGGUGUUGGGGAUGAAGAUGAAGAUGGUGCAGAAAUUAAAGCUCUUGUUCAGAUUCACACCAGACAGCCAGAAAAACUCAAUCUCCAGGAUCCCGAGGACAAGCGGAGACUCGGUAAAGCUCACCUGCGUAAAGCCAUCAUUCGUCACGAGGAGGCUCUGCGUCUUCACGGCGUGUGUAAAAUGCUCCGAAAGAUGGACAUCCUGCAGGAGGUGUUGUCUGACGCUCACACGCGCUCGCUGGAGAAAUACUCGGACAUCGAUCAAGAAGACGAUUUCUGUGAGGUCGCAGAGGCUCCGGAGGUCCAGUCUCACACACAGCAGAAGCCUGAUAUCAAAGCUCCAGAUUUCAGUGUGGUCAGAGUGACUGAUAUUUUCCACAGACUGGGUCCGCUCUCUGUGUUUUCUGCACGCAACCGCUGGACGAGGCGUCACGUGUGUUUGGUUCGAGGAGAGGCGGGGCUUGGGCUCACACUGCGAGGUGAUUCGCCGGUUCUGGUUGCCGGAGUAUUGCCAGGUGGAUGUGCUGCGGAGGGAGGGCUACGUGAGGGGGAUUAUAUAGUGGCUGUGAACUCUGUGGACUGCAGAUGGGCUGAACAUGCAGAGGUGGUUCAUGCGCUGAAGAGCUGUCCAGACAGAGGACUAGAGCUGGACAUCAUCACACUGCAGACACAUGAGGUGGAGAGGAGGAUGAAUCUGUCCCCCAGCGGAGAGCAGGAUUAUCAGUCGGGCAGUCAGAGGAGAGCAGGCCGUGAAUACGGAGGAUCUUCAUCAUCUGUGUGGGGCUGGAGUUGGAGAAACAGCGGCGUCAGUAAGAGACUCGGCAGCACCUUCAGUCUGUCCUUCAGCAACUCCAGAGAGAGUCAAUCCAUGCACUGAACACUACAGGGAAAGACAAGACUAAAGCAUUAUUUAUAGGAGGAGUUCACUUCCACAAUCACUGCUGUUCACCAUUGACUUCCAUAGUAUUGUUUUUGCCUACUAUGGAGGUCAGUAGCUAUGUUUCCAUCCAAUUAUUUUUAA